AGGUAACAGUAGAAGAAGUUAUGAAUUUGGUACAGUCCCUUGACAAGCAACUGACCAUCAGAGAUAAAAACAGUAAGACAGUGGAAAGACAUAUCGAGGAUUUAUUGGAGGAAAAUAGAGGAAAGAUCAGUUUUCAACCUCCACGCCCACUCGGAAACGAACGUAUUCCAUAUCGCUUCAUAAAUGAAGGCUUCGCUCGAUGUCUGUUGAAAACAAGGAAGUACCUCUUGAAUCACUUUACUGUGCAUGAUUCUCGAAGCUUGAUUCAAGCCAAUAUAAUCAAAGUGGUGCUGUUUAUUCGCGCAAUGAGUGAUAUUCCAGAAUCGUCGCCCUACGAUGACGAAAUCGCCUCAGAAUUGAAGAAUAUGAUUCAAAAUAUAAAAGACACUGCCUAUCGAAUGGGAUUACAUGAGGGAAACCCAUUAGUACCAACGCAAGUGGUGUUGUUGACGGAUCCAGGAUCAGGAGUCAAGAUGCGUGAUUGUUCGCAAAUGUAUUUGAGUAAAGUGUUCCUGUGUAAAUUGUCUAAUGUGACCAAGAUAAGCGUAACUACUCUCGAAUGCCUUAUGCCGUCGUUCGAUUUGCGGGGCUAUCUACAAAGCGAUAGACUAUGCUCACACUUCGCUACCUACGCUUCAUUCAUACAGAAGAUCCUUCAGGCCGAAGCAUACGUCAUCCAAAUCGGGUCUAAAUAUUUAUUUGAUCGUCAACUUCUGACCUCCGACUGGCACUGAUUCUUUUUAAUAAUGGGACUCGAUGGAAGAUACAAUGGUCGUGUAUUGUAAGUCAUUCUGUGGUCCUCAAAAACGAAAACUUAAUCACGAUUUAACUUGGAUUUGUGAAAGAAAGACUUAAGUAAUGCCUAUUGUGUCGAGAACAGAGAAACUUCGACAUGUGAUAAAUUUACUUCUUUCUUAAACCGAAUUUCCUUGUAGUGAUGUAACAUAUACUGUUAAUUGUUAUUUAUUAAGUUAAGUCAAUUAAGCAAAUC